AAAGCAACACACACAAGCUUCCAAGUUCCAACACUACUUGGGAAGAUUCUCUCUCAUUCCUAGAAGGAUAGGAUCACUCUUGUUGACCAUCUGUAUCUUUCAUUUCAUAUUGCGUUCUCUCUUUGAAAGAUGUUGAGGAAUUCCAAUUCCAAAUCCAAAGGAGGAUUUGCAUUUGGAUUAGGAAGGAUCCUACUCGUGUGUGUUUGUGUUUGCGUAGUACCAAUUGAGUUUGGCGUUGUAAGAGUGACAGAGGCUGAGUUCUUCAAACCGUUCAACGUGACCUAUGAUCACAGGUCUCUCAUCCUCGAUGACAAGCGUCGCAUCCUCAUCUCCGCCGGAAUUCAUUAUCCACGCGCCACCGCCGAGAUGUGGCCUGAUCUGAUUGCAAAGAGCAAGGAAGGUGGGGCAGAUGUAAUUGAAACUUAUGUUUUCUGGAAUGGGCAUGAGCCAGUGAGAGGACAGUAUAAUUUUGAAGGGAGAUAUGAUCUUGUGAAGUUUGUGAAGCUAGUUGGAUCCAAUGGACUCUAUUUCUUUCUACGUAUAGGCCCUUAUGCGUGUGCCGAGUGGAACUUUGGCUGUGUUUGCAGGGGUUUCCCAGUGUGGCUGCGUGAUAUCCCUGGUAUCGAAUUUCGAACAAACAAUGCACCUUUCAAGGAGGAGAUGAAACGGUUUGUCUCAAAGGUGGUGAACCUGAUGAAAGAGGAAAUGCUGUUUUCUUGGCAAGGUGGUCCUAUAAUUUUGUUGCAGAUUGAGAAUGAAUAUGGGAACAUUGAGAGCUCCUAUGGCAAGGGAGGUAAAGAGUAUGUCAAAUGGGCAGCUAGAAUGGCUCUAAGUCUUGGUGCUGGUGUUCCAUGGGUUAUGUGCAAGCAACCGGAUGCUCCAUAUGAGAUUAUUGAUACAUGCAAUGCAUACUACUGUGAUGGAUUUAAACCAAACUCACGUGACAAACCAACUAUGUGGACAGAGAACUGGGAUGGAUGGUAUACAGAGUGGGGUGGAAGAUUGCCUCAUAGACGUGUUGAAGACCUCGCAUUUGCAGUUGCACGUUUUUUCCAACGUGGAGGAAGCUUUCAAAAUUAUUAUAUGUAUUUUGGCGGAACAAAUUUUGGCCGCACUGCAGGGGGACCCUUGCAAAUUACAAGUUAUGAUUAUGAUGCUCCAAUUGAUGAGUAUGGUCUGCUGAGUGAGCCAAAAUGGGGUCACUUGAAAGAUUUACAUGCUGCUCUAAAGCUUUGUGAGCCUGCUCUGGUGGCCACUGAUUCACCAAAAUAUAUAAAAUUGGGUCCAAAGCAAGAGGCACAUGUGUACCAAGCAAAUGUUCACCCUGAAGGAUUGAACUUGUCUCUGUCUGAACAUCCUAGCAUAUGCUCAGCAUUUCUUGCCAAUAUUGAUGAAAAGAGAGCGGCUACAGUGACCUUUCGCGGCCAAACAUACACUUUACCACCAUGGUCUGUGAGUGUAUUGCCAGAUUGCAGUAAUACAGCUUUCAAUACUGCCAAGGUUAGAGCACAAACUUCAGUCAAACUAGUAGAAUUUGGUUUGCCACUUGUCUCUAGUGUUUUACCAGCCCAGCAAUUGAUGCACCACAAUGGCAUUUCCCACAUCUCAAAGUCAUGGAUGACUACAAAAGAGCCGAUCAAUGUUUGGAGCAAGAGUAGUUUCACCAUAGAGGGCAUAUGGGAGCACUUAAAUGUAACGAAGGAUCAAUCUGACUAUCUUUGGUAUUCAACCAGAAUAUAUGUUUCAGAUGAUGACAUCUUGUUUUGGAAGGAAAAUGAUGUUCAUCCAAAACUUACUAUAGAUGGUGUCCGCGAUAUACUGCGCAUAUUUGUCAAUGGUCAGCUUAUAGGUAGUGUUGUUGGUCAUUGGGUCAAGGUGGUCCAAACUCUUCAAUUUCUCCCAGGAUACAAUGAUUUAAUGCUACUAACUCAAACAGUGGGUUUGCAGAAUUAUGGUGCCUUCCUUGAGAAAGAUGGAGCAGGGAUUAGAGGUACAAUCAAGCUCACUGGAUUUAAAAAUGGAGAUAUAGAUCUUUCAAAAUCAUCAUGGACCUACCAGGUUGGGCUUCAGGGUGAGUUUUUAAAAUUUUACAGUGAAGAGAAUGAAAGCACAGAAUGGGUAGAGUUGACUCCUGAUGUCAUUCCAUCCAUGUUUACAUGGUACAAGACAUAUUUUGAUGUCCCUGGUGGCACAGAUCCGGUUGCUCUUGACUUGGAAAGCAUGGGGAAAGGUCAGGCUUGGGUCAAUGGUCACCAUAUUGGAAGAUACUGGACUCUGGUUUCCCCAAAAAGUGGAUGUGAAGAAGUCUGUGAUUAUCGUGGAGAAUAUAAUUCAGACAAGUGUUCAACUAAUUGUGGAAAACCAACUCAAACCUUGUACCAUGUCCCACGAUCAUGGUUGAGAGCAUCCAACAAUUUACUUGUCAUGUUGGAGGAAAUUGGAGGAAAUCCCUUUGGGAUUUCUGUCAAGUUACAUUCGGCCACAAUAAUAUGUGCUCAAGUGUCAGAAUCCUACUAUCCACCUUUGGAAAAGUUGGUGAAUUCAGAUCUAAUUGGUCAAGAAGUUCAUGCAAAUAAUAUGAUGCCUGAAAUGCACCUGCGUUGUCAAGAAGGACACAUAAUUUCCUCCAUAACAUUUGCUAGCUUUGGAACUCCAGGAGAUAGUUGUCAGAGUUUUUCUAGAGGGAACUGCCAUGCGCCUAGUUCAAUAUCCAUAGUUUCCAAGGCUUGCCAAGGGAAAAGGAGCUGCUCCAUUCAAAUCUCAAACUCGGUAUUUGGAGGUGACCCCUGCCAGGGUGUUGUGAAAACGUUGUCUGUGGAAGCACGAUGCACAUUACCGAGUCGUGAUGGUUUCUUUAACUUUGAGGCUUUAAGCAGCUUCUAAAACGAAUCAGGUAUGAACCUUGUUGCCAUAAGCCAACCAGCUGGCCCAUGUACUAUUCAUAAACGACCCUUAGUUGUGUUCAAUGGUCGAUUGUAUAAAUAUGAUACUACAGAAUGCGGGGUCUUUUGGCUUUUGACAGUAAGUAAAUAAUGUCCUUUGUACAUGCAAUAACAUCUGAUUAUCCUUGUUGGGCUAUUCUGGAUGAAGGUUAUAGGAUUAGCACCUCCUUUAAUCCAUAAGAUCUUUGAG